UCUUGGACUGCGAUUUUGGAAAGCGUUUUGAAUUGAGAUUUAGCGACACUGAUUUAUUCAGAUAUGUAUCUUUUAAGACAUCUGUUUGACUGAAUGGUAGGUAACCUUACCUUUGUGGUGGUGGGUGACCGUGACCAAAACAGUUGCCUACUACCGCUUGAUUGGAAAGGGUUCGCUCUACUGGGGCCCAGCCAACACGGGUGAAAGACAUGAGGAAACGAACCAAAAGAUGGCGUAAAACGCCGUCAUCGGUAACUGUGCGCAUAAUCCCCUACACAGUACCCUCUCUCCAAGUGAUGGGAGGCCUUAGGAUGAAACGGACAAAUGCUCAAGAAGUACAAGGGCCACCAGAGGAGACCCACAACGGCCAGGGUCAAGGCGACACCUCCCGCAGAUGUCCCAUGCUGUGUCCAGCGCUGACCAUUCAACAUCAGGAGAUGGCUGCCUUCUUCAGGCUAUUUGAUGAUUAUUUUAUUCGGGAUUUCCUGUGGAUGGAUUCUUGCUGUAAAAUCACAGACAAGUAUUUGCUGGCAAUGACAUUUGUCUACUUCAGAAGGGCCUGUUUCAGCAUAGUUGAAUACAACAGGGAAAACUUUUUCAUAGCACUUUACCUGGCCAACAACAUGGAGGAGGAAGAGGAUAGCGAGUAUGAGAUCUUCCCCUGGGCACUGGGCGAGAACUGGAGGGAGCAGUCCCCCGCUUUCCUGAAGCAGAGGGACAGGCUGUGGGCUCGCAUGGACUACAGGGCAGCCGUCAGUCGCCAGUGUUGUGAAGAGGUGAUGAGCAUCGUGCCGUCCCACUUCAUCUGGCAGCGUGUGCGUGCGGAGCACCACAGCGGGGCCCAGCGUGUCUACCCUGACCAAGACCAGGUGGAACCCCGCGGACCCACGGCCAGUCUCCCCCAACCCUGCUCCCUCUGCGCUAAAUAUGCCGUCCUCAACGCCUCCUCAACGUCCCCCGCAGCCACAGGGGGAGCCAUGGCACGCGAGGAAGAGCAUGAUCACACCAUGGACACACAUGACGUCGUUACUGGAUGCCCGAGUGGCGAGGUCGAUGCGGUGCUGGAGAUAAAGGCUCAUUUGAGACUGCUGGAGCAGGAGUGGGAGAAGCUGGAGAAGGAGAGGGAGAAGGAGAAGACCAUGGCCAACCACGAGAAGGAUGAGCAGGAGCUGGAGAUGAAGGCUCAUUUGAGACAGCUGGAGCAGGAGUGGGAGGAGGUGGAGAAGGAGAGGGAGAAGGAGAAGACCAUGGCCAACCACGAGAAGGAUGAGCAGGAGCUGGAGAUGAAGGCUCAUUUGAGACAGCUGGAGCAGGAGUGGGAGGAGGUGGAGAAGGAGAAGGAGAAGACCAUGGCCAACCACGAGAAGGAUGAGCAGGAGCUAGAGAUUAAGGCUCAUUUGAGACAGCUGGAGCAGGAGUGGGAGGAGGUGGAGAAGGAGAAGGAGCAGGAGCUGGAGGAGACGAAGGCUCUGUUAAGACAGCUGGAGCAGGAGUGGGAAGAGUUGGAGAAGGAGAAUGAGAGGUUGAGGCUGAUGGUGGAGCACAAGAGCCAGACCCAGUCGCUGCUGGCGAGUACUGAACAUGUGGCUGAGCCAGUCAUGGAGUCUGAGAUGGAGAAGAUCAAGAAAGAUGGCAGGGAGAAGAAAGUGAAGAAGAGACGUACUACUGGAUUCUGGAACCGCUUUCGACGUAUUAUGUGCUGUGCCUCGGCAUCAGAGGACAAUUAA